GGUAGGGCUGUGGAACACUGGUGAGCUGAGCUGUGGGGCAUUCUGUCGAGUCCAGAAUAUGAAGUCAUGUUUUGACAUAGGUAACAGCUCGACUUUUUGACAGAUGUGAUCUGAGAUCCAACAGUAAGAUAUCGAGGGCUGUCUGUGCAGUUUUCCAGCAAUGACAUCAGGCUUCCAAGAUUCGCCAGUGCCUGAAGAACCCUUGCACAUCCUGGAAUAUGGGGAAGCUUACAGAAAUCUGACUGAAGUGAAAAUGAGUCAUGUUGUCCUGCCGUGCCAUGCUAACCACUGUAAUGAGCUAAGCAUUGGACAGCUGCUAAAAUGGAUGGACACCACAGCCUGUCUAGCGGCUGAAAAGCAUGCUGGCUCCCCCUGUGUUACAGCAUCGGUUGAUGACAUCAAUUUUGAACACACUAUCAGAGGGAUACGUGGACGACAUGAGAAGCAGGGUCUCUGCGUUGGGCAAGUUGUAAACAUCAUGGCGAAGGUGAACCGAGCCUUCAACAGCAGCAUGGAGGUGGGGAUACUGGUGAGCUGUGAGGAUCUGUACAGUGGGAACACGUGGCGAGUGUGCAAGGCAUUUGCUACAUUUGUGGCCAGACCUACAGAUUCAGGAAAGGUUCGGCUCCACCCUUUAGUCCCCAGGACUCAGGAGGAGCAGAUGGAGCACAGCAUUGCUGCGGAGCGGCGGAGAAUGAGAUUGGUGCAUGCAGACAUUAUGAAAGAUCUGCUUAGCAAUGGCACCGUUCGGAGAGACAGUAUUUGUCAGGAAUUCAAGGAUUCGGUGCCGGCUGAGAAGACGAGGGUGGAGAGUGUCGAGCUGGUGCUGCCGCCACAUGCCAAUCAUCAGGGGGACACGUUUGGCGGGCAGAUCAUGGCAUGGAUGGAAAACGUGGCCACGAUAGCUGCCAGCCGACUGUGCAAUGCUCACCCCACGUUAAGAGCCAUCGACAUGUUCCACUUUAGGGGCCCAUCGCAUGUGGGAGACCGGCUGGUUUUAAAGGCUAUUGUUAACAACUCGUUUAAGAACAGCAUGGAGGUAGGUGUGUGUGCAGAGGCCUAUCAGUGUGGACAGCCACAGCGACACAUCAACAGUGCCUUCAUGAACUUCGUGGUGCUGGACGGAGAUGGGCAGCCCCGCGUUCUGCCUCGAAUCAAACCAGAGCCAGUGAAUGGGAAAAGACGGUACCUGGAGGCCAAUGCCAGGAAAAAGAUCAGGCUGGACAGAAAGUACAUUUUCUCCUGCAAUCAAACAGAGGUACCCCUGUCUGUCCCCUGGGACCCCAGCAAUCGGGUUUACCUCAGUUAUAACAAUGUCUCUGCACUUAAGAUCCUAGCAGCUAAAAGAGACUGGGUCCUUCAGUAUGAACGAAAUAAGGUGACUUUAUACGCAUUGGAAGAGGACCAGUUUCUCUCGAUUAAAGUGGAAAUGACGGUGGAAAUGAUGGCAGAGAAGGUCUUUGUACUGCUGUCUGACCUGGGCCGCAGACAUGAGUGGGACCAGCAUUACCAAAAAUGUGAUUUGAUCUGCCAGGUAGAUGAAGAUGACAUGAUCUAUUAUGUGGUCACUCCCUCGGUCGUCAAAGACAGCAAGUUCCAGGACUUUGUCUUGCUGGCCUCAAGACGGAGGCCAUGCGACAAAGGUGACCCUUAUGUGAUAGCACUGCGAUCAGUUACACUGCCUACACAUUCAGCCACUGCAGAUUAUACCAGGGGUGAGGUGUUAUGUGCUGGUUUCACUAUUUGGGAAGAAUCAGACACUGUUACAAAGGUGUCCUACUAUAACCAGGCUACUCCUGGAGUUCUGCCCUACAUCUCCAGAGACAUUGCUGGACUCUCCUCCAGCUUCUGCACAACAUUCACUUCCUGUAGAAAAUUUCUUGAAGAAAACAAGGAUUCCACACCCUCUGCUCCUUCAGAGUUGUAACAAGUUCCAGCAGUGCCAAAAAAAAAAGCUGUUUACUGUACAUUGGCUGUUCACUUUUAAUAUUGGGUUUUAAUUCAAUCCCUUGCAACUAACUGGACAGCUGUUUCUUCUAGUAGGACAUUUACUGUCACAUAUAAUUCUUAUGCCUUUACAGGUCUUCUCUAUACAGAUCAUGAAUGCGGUUUAGAAUUAAUGUGUUUUUCUUUACUGGGGAACUGAUUUAAAAAAAUAAAAAUACAACUCUCCCAUCACUUGCUGUUGAAGUGGUGUCUUGGGACUAGUUAACCAGUAAACAAAGUCCUGUCUGUGAAAUUCUGUCUGUGUUCCAUUGCUUUUAAUGGAGAAGUUAGAUUUUGUUAUGUGUGUAAUUAACAAAGUACUCGUGUAUUUUGAUUCACUUGUUUUUGCAUUGGAGUCCAAGCUUUACGUCUAGGUUAAAAAUUCAAACUGCUCUUCAAUAAAAUCAGAAAGCUCUGCUUUGCAACAAUGUAACUUUAAUGCCUAUUGCUCUGUAAAUAGGAUAUUUUUCUAACUUUUUUUGAACUUACAACUUCUGAUGUUCUGUAACUGGUGCUGCGUGUUUUAUGUUAAAGUCUUAGCAAAUACUUUUAUAUUUUUUUUCAUUGGUUUAAUGUUGCUUUGUAAUUGAUGUAGAUGUCACGUUUUCAUGGAAUGUGAUAUUACCACACAUUCUGUCUCAAAUAACCUCUCAAUCAGUUUGUUUACAUGCUAGACAUAUACGUAAUACUUAAGCAGCCAAAUAAGUAUUCUGGAUAAUCUAUUAACAUGCAAGUGGAGUGUGUUAUUCACAUUUAUAUGCAGACAGAAAUAUUCUCAACAUGACACUCACCGGGCAUGCGAAAUGUGUUGAGUUUUUACAACACAAGACUUGCAAAUGGUUAAAAAGGGUCAAAAUUGAUUCUAAUCACUAGAUUAGUGAAAAACAUUAACUUGUUUGACCACUUACUUGAAUAUUAAAUGAUUUCCUGAAAGUGGUGUUGUGUUUUUUAUUUCAUGCAUGCUUUAGAUUUUAUUGGACCUGUUUCUCGUUCAGCUUGGACUAGUGAGUUUGCUCCCAGUUGUUCUGCAAAUAAAACCCUUUUUAUGGUG